CCCCGAGCCCUUCCACUAGUGUGGGUCACAAAAGGCAGCGGGCAGGGUCCACAUGUAGGGUUCACUGUGCCUGCCUGGAAAGGGGGUGAAGCCUGGCUCCCUGAGAGCCCUUUGCAAAGGCCAGGGUGCCACAUUACGAACUGAAGAACUGACUGAUGUUUUGGGGUGUUUUUUGAUAAACAUCUUCCUUCUGGCCAUUUCCGAACCAAGAGCCAACAUUUCACCUUUCUCUGCUGUCUGCUCCAGAAACGCCUCGUAGUAGAGCAAUAAGGCAACCACAGAGGGCUGCACCUCUCGUGAUGUUUUUAAACUGUGACACGGCCCCAUUCCACUCCCCGGGGCGGUGAGGGCACAGCUGACGCACAGGAAAAGCUGCCGGGACAGAGCUGGGGCAGCAUAAAACGUAGGGCAAGAGGCAGCCGCACCUGGGGACACCGCCAGCAGCUCAGGGACCGCUCAUACAGCAUGUCCCAGUGGAGUCAAGUUCAACAACUGGAAAUAAAGUUUUUGGAGCAGGUCGACCAGUUCUAUGAUGAUAACUUCCCCAUGGAAAUCCGGCAUCUGCUGGCACAAUGGAUAGAAAGCCAAGAUUGGGAGGCUGCAUCCAACAAUGAAGCAAUGGCAACCAUCCUUUUACAGAACCUGCUAAUCCAGGUGGAUGACCAGCUAGACAAGGUUUCACAAGAGAAGAACCUUCUCUUGAUUCACAACCUGAAAAGAACCAGAAAGCUGCUUCAGGGGAAAUACCAGGGUAAUCCCAUGCACAUAGCAGUCAUCAUCUCAAACUGCUUAAGAGAAGAAAGAAGAAUACUGGCUGCAGCCAGCAUGCCCGUGCAGGGUCCACUGGAGAAGUCUUUACAGAACUCUGUUGUUUCAGAGAGACAAAGAAACGUGGAACACAAAGUGUCAGCCAUUAAGACCAGCGCCCAGAUGACUGACCAAGACGUCAAAUACUUGGAAGACUUGCAAGAGGAAUUUGACUUCAGGUAUAAAACAAUACAAAGUUUAGAGCAGAACGACAAAAACAGCGCCCUCAUUAAACAGGAAAUGUUGGCGUUGCAGGCGAUGCUCAAUACAUUAGACUACAAGAGAAAGGAAGUACUAAGUAAAAUAGGCCGUGUCAUCCACGAAAUUGAUAUGCUCAUGAGCAACAUGCUGACCGAGGAGCUGCUGGACUGGAAGAGACGGCAGCAGAUUGCCUGCAUCGGGGGUCCCCUCCACGGGGGGCUCGAUCAGCUCCAGAACUGUUUUACGCUGUUGGCAGAGAGUCUUUUUCAAGUUAGAAGGCAACUGGAAAAACUGGAUGAGCUGUUGACCAGACUGACAUACGAUGGGGAUCCCAUCCCAGUGCAAAGACCUCAGUUGCUGGAAAAAGUCAAUUUCCUGCUCUACAACCUCUUCCGCAAUUCGUUUGUGGUCGAAAGGCAGCCCUGUAUGCCAACACACCCCCAGAGGCCAAUGGUUCUUAAAACGUUAAUACAGUUCACCGUAAAAUUAAGGUUGCUAAUUAAAUUGCCAGAGCUCAACUACCAGAUCAGAGUGAAAGCAACUAUUGACAAGAACGUUUCAACAGUGAGCAAUCGCAGAUUCGUUCUGUGCGGAACACACGUGAAAGCCAUGAACAUGGAUGAGUCAGCAAAUGGGAGCCUGUCAGUAGAAUUCCGACAUUUGCAGCCGAAAGAAAUGAAAUCAAGUGCUGGAAGCAAAGGAAAUGAGGGCCCUCAUAUGGUGACUGAAGAGCUGCACUCCAUCAGCUUCGAAACACAGGUCUGCCUGUACGGCCUGACUAUCAAUCUGGAAACAAGUUCUUUGCCUGUGGUGAUGAUUUCCAAUGUCAGCCAGUUACCCAACGCAUGGGCUUCUAUCAUUUGGUACAACCUAUCAACCAACGAUCCUCAGAACUUGUCUUUCUUCAACAAUCCCCCUGCUGCCACUCUAAGUCAACUCUUAGAAGUAUUAAGCUGGCAGUUUUCAUCCUAUGUUGGCCGUGGACUCAACUCUGAGCAACUCAACAUGCUGGCAGAGAAACUUAUGGGGCAACAGGUCAGUUACAGUGACUACCAGCUCUCCUGGGCAAAGUUCUGCAAGGAACAUUUACCUGGAAAGUCUUUUACCUUUUGGGUUUGGCUUGAAGCUAUUCUGGACUUAAUUAAAAAACACAUUCUUCCUCUUUGGAUUGAUGGGUACGUAAUGGGAUUUGUAAGCAAAGAGAAGGAACGAAUUUUGCUCAAAGACAAGACACCGGGAACAUUUUUAUUAAGGUUUAGUGAAAGCAACCUGGGUGGAAUUACUUUUACUUGGGUGGAUCAGUUAGAAAACGGAGAAGUAACAUUCCAUUCGGUGGAACCCUACAACAAAGGCCGCUUAGCCGCACUGCCCUUUGCCGACAUACUGCGAGAUUACAAAGUUAUCAUGGCAGACAACGUGCCUGAAAACCCUUUGAAGUACCUGUACCCAGACAUCCCCAAAGACAAGGCCUUUGGCAAACACUACAGCUGUCAGCCGAAUGAAGUCUCAAAACCCUCAGACGGAGGAGUCAAAGGUUACGUUCCUUCUGUAUUUAUCCCAGUCUCCAAAAUCUUAAAUGAUUCUACAGAGCCACAUUCCCCAUCAGACCUUCUUCCAAUGUCUCCAAGUGUUUACGCUGUGCUGAGAGAACAUCUGAGUCCCACAGCCAUCGAAACCGCCCUGAGUUCUCCAUAUUCAACUGACUGAAGUUCACAGACUGGAAAAAUAAACAACUGCGUGGAUGCUCCGUGGGUUACAAGCAUAAUAAAUAUCUUUUCUGCCA